AUGCCGCCUCCCAACUCGGCAUCGCACGGAACUCCUGAUCUGACGCCUACUGCCCCGACAUCCCACCCCGAGUCUGAGUCCUCUUCCCAAAGAGGAUCGUCAUCGCGAUCGUCCCACACGGAUUCCCCGGUCCCUACCGACGACGAUAACAUUCAUGACGAGAAUGUAAACUUCCUCCGCUCGCGCUCCCUCCUCUACAGUCCAUACCACCCACCUGAAACCUCCGUCAGUCGAUCUCGUCGCCGUCGAGAUCCAACAUCCCACCCUCGGCCAGUAGACGAAACGGAUCGCAUGGACGUGGACGACCCCGACCACAACAGCAACUUGCGCCUGUCAGUCGAGAUCAACCGUCGCAUCCCCAUCGUCCGCCGUCAGCGAGAAGAUAUUACCAAUACCAACAUGCCGAACUACGAAACACACCGGUCAGAUCCUCGCUCGCUCUAUGGUUGGGCUCCAGGCUCCGACGAUGAAGAAGAUCCACGACAUGGCGAAGAGUCCGAUGAUGACCAGAUCCAACCAUUCCUCCACGCGAUCUCGGACCGCGCCGCAUCAUCUAGCCGUCCCCGAAGACACGAAUCAACCGGUCGCACCCCACCUAUCAGACCCGGAGACGAUCAUGGCGAAGGGAGCAGCCGACUAAGAACCCCGCCACUUGCGACGAUGGAGGCUUUGCUACACCGCCUCGUCCUCAACCUCCUCAUCACGAGCCUACCGAUACCGACCUUCCAACCGUGGCGACAAUACCAGGCCGCUUACACAUACCGAUCUGCGUGCUCGCGCAUCUGCGCAUCGGCAACUUCACUCGGCAGCCCCAGCGACACACUACUGAAGAAUACAAUCACCUACCUGGAUCGUCUGCGAUAUUCAAGCUCGUUCGAGGAGAGCAUUAGCUCCGCUGCUGCCACAGGAUUUCUCUUCGAGAACUUCCAUUGGAAAGACAGCGACUUCAUCUUGGAGACAAACACAAUCGCUCCACCGGCUACAUGCUCUUGGCUCCGACCUGGUGUUGUUUUCUCGGGUUGCCAGCGCGCGGCGAAUACAGGCUCCAUACUUUCGCAACGAUUGUCAAAUACUCGGGCCCCUGGCGACCCGGUCAUUGUCAACGGUGGCGACGAGCCUCGGAUCAACGUGUAUACCACCAAUGGACGGCGAUACCUUGCAAAUAACCGGGAAGAGAACUGGCCUGUCAAGGUCACAAUCCACAACAUCAACCACACGGAGAUGACUCUGUCCGGCACCAUGGAGGCAUACAACAUUCCCGACAAAACUUCGCCUACUCAUGAUGCACACAUUGUCACUUUCCUAGAAGGUGAAAUCAUAGAUUUCAACCAACAUACACUAGAAACGAAGAACUUCAAGGCGGAUGCCGAUAUCGACAGCACGUAUUGGCGAGAACUGCAGCCGUUCAAGGACCUCACGGAUUCCGAAAUCGCUAAGAACUUGGUGAGCAGGAAGUGGAUCACCGAGCAAUUGGCUAAGGGGUGGAUCCUGAUGCGAUGGAAAGAGCGGUGCUUCAUCACCCCCACCGACUCGCGUCAAGGCCUCACUAUUUCCGGUUUUUACUACAUCUCUCUUCGCCGAGAGGAUGGACAGAUUGAAGGGUUGUAUUAUGACCCUGGCAGCUCCCCAUAUCAACAACUGUCUCUAAAACCAGAGACUCCGAAAAUGGUUCGUCCAUCGUAUACCUUCCGCUAG